UAGAACGUGAGUGAGAGAUGACAAAGCCAAUCAUUACGUCGUGAGAAGCCAAAGAAAUGUAUUGAAUCUCUGAUCUGUGGUGUGUAUUAUUUUUUAUUAGUCAACAUUAUGGCACGUGAAGAAAAUAUGAACAAAUAUUCUAACAUAGAACAUAUACGUACAAACAUGCUUUGGAUGGAUAUCAAAAUUGUCGAUCCUGAAAUGGAAGCUUUAAUGAAACAAAUAAAUGAAGAACAAACAAGGUUGAAGGAGGCAUUGCGUGAAAAGUUACGUUUGAUGAAGUAUGAUACAGAUGUUAUACAAAAAGAAAAUGAACAAAAAAAAGUAUGGUUACAGUCCAGAGGAAUACAAUUGGAAGAAAAUAGCUAUCUGGUUAUCAAGAUAGAGAAUGAAGUUAGAAUAAAGGAGGAACCUACAGAUAUCGUGACGGGUCAAAAUGGGUACCACGAAGAGAUGACUGUGCAAUUUUUGGAGGAACUUAGUCAUACUGAAAAUAAUAUGGCAGUACAGGCAAGCGAUACAGAAGUAGAAGUUAGUAGAGUGAAUAAUUGCAACGUAGAGACAAGUGAUAAGGAGAGUAAAAAUGAUAUUUCAAAGAAAAAUAAUCAAAUUAUAAGAACGGAAAUAGAUAAUAUCGAUAUUAAUAAUAAAAGUACAAAAGAAGAAUCUGUAGUUGCAAUGAGAACAUGCAAAAGUACAUUAAUAAAUGUAGAACCGGUUGAGGAUAUUUUAUUGUACGAGAAGAAAUCAAAACGUGAUAUGAAAAGACGAAUGCUUAAGAAGUAUAAAGCCACUUUAAAAAGGAAAAAGAAUGCCAAAGAAAAGAUGGAAGAACUACAAAAUAAUAAAGAUAUUGAAAGCGAAGAUCAGCUUUAAAUAUUCAACUUAAACGAAUUUGUAAAGAGGAGUAAUUUUUGAAACACAAAAGUACAGUUAUAUUGUAUAUUUUAAUGUACCAAUUUAUUAUUCAGACCAAUUAAGAUGUUUGGACAAAUAUUUGCAUUCAAAGUAUAAAUGCAGAAGCAACAAUGAAGAUGUUUACUUUUGGUACAUGUACUUUUUGUAUAAUCGAACCAAAUAUUAUAUAUAAGUGUUGGAUAUGUAACAAAUUGGUAAUAUGAAUGCUACCGAUAGUUAACACGCAAAUUACAGUAGAUUUUAUUAAUGGUGCAUAUUCCAAAUUUAUCAAAGAUAGUGGCUCAGGGCAGUAGUUUUCAUAUAAAUGAUGUAGCAACUGCAUCAGGUGUUUUGUGUCUCUCUUUCCUGGAUUCAUGUUUGCAGUAAUCAGAAAACUUCUUCUAGUUUCUCCUUGCCCCCAGCAGUAGACUGUGUUUUCUGAUGUGACUGACUACUACCGUUGGUGUUUAAAGAAAUUUCCUCAUUGGAAACUCGUUUCAAUGGCACUUGAGUCCCGGAGGACUUUGACAUUUCCUUACUCCAAUUCAUCAACCAAUCGCUGGAAGUAUCCUAAAACACAGUAUUUCUUUAUCAAGUUUUUGUAAUUAGAUAUUAGAAAUAUUUUAUGUUAAAUGUGGGGGAGAAAAUUAAAACGUUGCAUUAGUUUUAAUCGUAAGGGUUUCUUUUAAAUUCACGUAAUAAAUUAUAAUGUUUAAAUUUUCAGCUGGUCCAAUUGGCUAAUCUAAAAGGAAUUACAAAAAACGAGGAACGUAAAAAGAAAAAAAGGAAACAUGCAUGCUACUUCUUAAUCUUUAAAGAGGAACCGGAAGAGUUUUUUCAAUUCUUAAUUAAGAAUUAUUUACAUUUUUAUUAUCUUCCGUAUUUUGAACUUCGACGUUCUUCAUCUUGUCUUCGAGCUUCUUGAGCUUUUCUAGCUCCUCGUAUAUCUUACGUUCGGUUUGAUAUUUCGCGAUAGCCUGUGCCAAAGGGCCUAAUUCUCCCUUCAUCGCAGCCAUGUACAUCGCCUAUAUGAGAUAAAAAUACAAAGUAAAUAAUAUAUA